CUUCCGGCGGCGGGACCGGAAGCGCCCCUCCGGCGGCCCCGAGGCGAGGCCCCGCGGCAGGAUGAAGGUGAAGGUGCUGAGCCGGAAUCCCGAUGACUACGUCCGCGAGACCAAGCUGGACCUGCAGAGAGUACCCAGAAACUAUGACCCUACACUACAUCCAUUUGAAGUUUCAAGAGAAUAUACAAGAGCCCUAAAUGCUACCAAAUUGGAACGUGUGUUUGCAAAGCCAUUCCUUGCUUCCCUGGAUGGUCACCGUGAUGGAGUGAAUUGCAUAGCCAAACAUCCGAAGAGUUUGUGUACGAUACUUUCUGGGGCAUGUGAUGGAGAGGUUAAAAUUUGGAACUUAACCAAGCGAGACUGUAUCCGAACAUUUCAAGCCCAUGAAGGUUUUGUACGUGGAAUGUGUGCCCGCUUCUGUGGAACCUCCUUCUUUACCAUUGGUGAUGACAAGACAGUGAAACACUGGAAAAUGGAAGGACCGGCAUAUGGAGAAGAGGAAGAGCCACUGCAAACUAUAUUAGGAAAGACUGUGUACACAGGAAUUGAUCACCACUGGAAAAAAGCAGUUUUUGCAACAUGUGGCCAACAAGUGGACAUCUGGGAUGAGCAAAGAACUAGCCCUUUAUGUUCAAUGACAUGGGGUGUUGAGAGCAUUAACAGUGUUAAAUUUAACCCGAUUGAGACCCACCUUUUGGGAAGUUGCGCAUCUGAUAGGAAUAUAGUGCUAUAUGAUAUGAGGCAGUCCACGCCUUUGAAGAAGGUGAUUUUGGACAUGAGGACAAAUACACUCUGUUGGAACCCUAUGGAAGCUUUCAUCUUCACUGCAGCAAAUGAAGACUACAACUUGUAUACUUUUGAUAUGCGUUCCCUUUCCAAGCCUGUAAAAGUGCAUAUGGAUCACGUGUCUGCAGUUCUUGAUGUGGAUUACUCUCCCACUGGGAAAGAGUUUGUGUCAGCCAGUUUUGAUAAAUCCAUUCGCAUCUUUCCUGUAGAUUAUGGUCAUAGCAGGGAAGUGUACCACACCAAACGAAUGCAGCACGUCAUCUGUGUCAAGUGGACAUCUGACAACAAAUAUAUUCUCUGUGGCUCUGAUGAAAUGAACAUUCGUCUGUGGAAAGCCAAUCCUUCUGAAAAGCUGGGUGUGCUUGCACCGCGAGAAAAAGCUGCGUUACUUUAUAAUCAAAAGCUGAAGGAGAAAUUCCAACACCAUCCUCAGAUCAGACGUAUAGCUCGCCAUCGUCAUCUCCCGAAGGCCAUCUACAGCCAGGUCCAGCAGCAGCGCAUCAUGAGAGCAUCUCGUCAACGGAAGGAAAAGAAUCGACGUCAACAUAGCAAACCGGGAUCUGUACCGAUUGUGUCAGAGAAGGACAAGCAUGUUGUGGCUGUAGUGAAAUAACAUUCCACUGCUGUCUCUUGUAAAUAUUGGUUUUCUUUAAUGGGCAUAAUCUAAAAAUAGAUUAUUAAUCUUGACUUCAGGUACAGUGGGGCCAUCCCAUUUUUUUAUCACCUUUGCAUUUUAACAUUGUGGUGUUCAUUAGUCAAGUCUCUUCAAAAUAGCCCUAUUAAAUGCUUGCUAAUACAGUUUUGAAAA